AUGGAACCAAUAAAUUGCCCAAUUUGCUUUCAUGAAUUUAACACUCAAUUUCUUGCUUAUACCCCCUCCUCAUUGAGCAAACAAAACUAUUUGAAAAAUUCCAAUUUUUUGAGUAGCAAAACACCCCCAUGAGAGCCAAAAAAAUAUUUUGAUAUAUAAAUGAAUAUUAUUAUAAAGAAAUCUCUAAGAAGUUCUAUUGAAUUUUAAACAGUUUGCAUUCUAAAUAAUAAAUUUUUACAAAUUAAUUUUUGCAUAGAUGUUUUUAAAAUAUUUAUGUAUAAAUUUUUUAAGAAUAUAAUUAACUCCCCCCACUUGCUUAAGCAAAUAAUUUUGCACGCUCACGGAGGAGGGGGAGUUAGGUUUUAACGUUUUAGCUUCUUCAGCAGAAUGAUUUAGGCAUGUAUGGGCCCAUCCUUCCAAGCCCCAACCAGAGACCCGGGCUCUCCUGACAACCAAAAUGGUGUCGACAUCACCAAAAUGGCAAGGGCACUUCGAAAUUUAUACAACUUACAGGUCAGAUAUCACACACAAGCGCGUUGCCUUAAUCUUGAUUGACUCCUGCGCGUGUUCCACCUAAGGGCCACCCUCCUCCUCCUCCUCAGGUAUGUCAAGGGGUAAAAUUUCUAUGCCUCUUAUAAUCCAAGGCCAAUCUGCCCUGCUCUAUGAAGUAAGCCAUGCUUUGACAUUCUAGAUAAGAGCUCACCAGAUAAUCAGAACCCGAUAAUAAUAAUUAUCGCGAAGUAGGAAGGGUUUUCGGAGAAAGCCACCUUCUAAGUAGCCAUUUUAUUAUUAUUCGCGAAUUUAUCACAGAAUCCUGCAUCCCCCUCGUUCUCUAUUGUGGUCAUUCAUUUUGCCAAAAAUGCACCUCAACAAUUGACCGAAGAAUGGGUGCUCUCUACUGUCCUCUCUGCAGAAGUAAGGACUACCGAGAAGUAUCUCAAAUAAAUAAAAAUUAUGCAUUAUCUAAGCUUCAGCCAGACACCAAAUAUUAUUGUUCUACACAUCCAGACAGAGACGCUCUAUAUUUUUGUCUCACUGAUGAUUCAAUUUUAUGCUGUCGAUGUGUGACUUUGCAUAAAAUGCAUGAUUUUUAUGAUAUAAAUGACCCAAUAAUUAUUAAUCAAGCUGAUGAAAAUUUUAAAUUAAUAAGAAAAAGAGCUGAAAAUGAGCUUAACCAGGCCCAAACAGAAAGACAAGAAUCAGUCAGGAUUUUUGAUGACUUAAAAAAGAAAAAAGAUAUUGCAUUGGAUGAAAUCCAUUAUUAUUUUGACACUAUAGUAGACGCAUUAAAUCAUAAAAAGCAGGAUUUUGAAAAGAGUCUUAAUGGCCCUUAUAAUAAGAUUUUGAAAAGAAUUCAGAAAAAAAUAGAAGAGUGUGAUGACAUUGCAAUUUCCUGUGGAUGGCGCUGUUUUAGCCUUGAUUUUCCCACUGGGAAGUUUGUGUGCUCGGCCAGUACCAUAUAGUUUGGUCACACCAAAAAAUUUUCCCAGAUGGAAAAUCAAGGCCAAAAUAGCGCCAUCCAUGGGAAAAUCCCAUAUGAUAAGUGCAAAAUUUAAUAUUUUGAGAGAUAUUGAACAAUUAAAUAAAAAAAGAAAAUAUUGAAAUGGGAUUAAAAUGUUAAAUGAGACAAAAAAUUUUAAUUUAGAUAAUACUGAGCUUUCAGUGGUAGAAAAUAUUAAAAAUAUUGAAGAAGAUUAUGUGAAAUUGAGCUAUCAAACAGAAAUUGAUAUAAAUUGUAUAUUAGAGUCUAUCAAAAAUAUAAAUCCUAACGAAAAAGAGUCAGAAGAAUUAAUCAAUUGAUCUCCAGCACCAGUGAAGAAAAUAGAAGAAGUAAUCAGCAGUUCUGGACAAGCAAAAUUAAUUGAUAAAUUAUCAGGUCAAGGCUUUAUAAAAAGCAGCAAAGUAAAAUCAAUUUUAAAAGCAGUUGAUAGAAAAGACUUUAUCCCAUCAGAAAAUCCAGCUUAUGAUGACCAUCCUCAGAAAAUAGGUUUUAAUACCACAAUUUCAGCUCCGCAUAUUCAUGCAAUAUCAUUAGAGCUCCUUGAAAAAUGGCUGAUACCAGGGGCAAGUGUUCUAGAUAUAGGCUGCGGUAGUGGUUAUUUGACUAUAUGCUUCGCAAAAAUGAUUGAAAAAGGGAAAGUAUUUGGCAUAGAUCAUAUUGAAGAAAUUUUAAAUUAAUCAAUUAACAUAAUUUAACUAACUCAUAUUUGGCCCUUUGAUGCGCAGCGCUGCGAGAUGCUUUUUUUCAUCUUGUCGCUACUUUCGAACUUAUGUCGGGUCUCAUUGUCUGGCUCACUCCACCUAGUCACCGUGAAGACAUUUGAGAAUCCAGAAGUGCGGGAAUUCCAGCAGUUUGGUAUUGCCUCGCUCAAUCUGACUUUCUUCCUGCUCCUAUUUGGCCUAUUGCUCUGCCUUUUCUAUCAGCAGAGGAAAGAGGCAAAACACGAUGCACAUGGAAGGCGCAGUAUAAAAUUCCUCGCCACUUUCUCCUCUUUGCAGAAGUCCGCAUUUAAGACCUAACCCUAUAAUAAAAAAAAUUUGGGUGAGCGAAAAGGAAUUCAUGGAGUGAAAUAUCCUCUUCAUUUGAAGCCAUUUUAUUAUCAUAAGAAAUUUUAAAUCAAGCCGUUGAGAAUUCUAAUAAAUCGAAUUAUUAUUUAAAUCAAUCACCUGAGCUAGAGGUGAAAUUUGCGAAAAGAGAUGGAAAAUCAGGCUUAAUAGAGUUUGCGCCAUAUAACGUAAUUCAUAUUGGGGCUGCUACAACUGAAAUUCCUGAAGAAUUAAUUAGGCAGCUUGCUCCAGGAGGGGCUUUACUAGCUCCUGUUGGCCCAUUAACCGGUGCUCAGCGUAUUACUUUAUUAACUUUCCUCCCUUAAAAUUGGACUCCAUUUUUUGGGUACUUUGACCUUCUUUUAAAUUGGAAAAUUUUAAUAAAAUUAAGUUUUGGCUAAUUUAAUUGAAAAGAUGAAGUAGAAUAUUAUUUUAAGAGUUUUCACAAUAAAUCGAUUUAUUUUUUGAAUUAAUUCUCAUAAAAUAAAUUAAAAAUUAUUGGGUUCAAUUGCUUUUUGAAGAAAAAUUUAAAAUAAUUGCUUUUAAAAGAAAAAAUUAACACCUUUAAAUUGGAACAAAAUUUUUUAAAAUGGAGUAACUAAAAGCCUAGAUUCAAGUUUAGACAUCAAAUCAUUAACAACUGUGAAUUACGCCCCGCUUACAGAUCGAGAAAAGCAAUGUCCACUUUAG